AUGUGGUUACGAUCUGAAGUCGGAAGAAGUAGUCAAGGCGUCGGAAGAUACCGGAAUAGCGUGUUCAAGGUCAUAGACUUCGGGAGCUCGUGUUACGAACAUCAGAGGGUGUACACGUACAUCCAGUCGAGGUUCUACAGGGCACCUGAAGUGAUGAUGGGCGCGAAGUAUGGUAUGCCCAUAGAUAUGUGGUCGCUGGGCUGCAUUUUGGCGGAACUGCUUACAGGGUUUCCCCUACUGCCCGGUGAAGAUGAAGCGGACCAAAUGGCGUGUAUCAUCGAGCUGCUCGGUAUGCCGCCCCAGAGGCUGAUAGAACAGGGGAAAAGGUCCAAAAACUUCAUCAGCAGUAAAGGGCUUCCGCGAUACUGCACCGCCACCACACUGCCAGACGGAUCCUCGGUGCUAAGUGGAGGUAUGUCAAGAAGGGGCAAGCACCGAGGUCUGCCUGGCUCGAAGAGUUUUGUGACAGCCCUAAAGGGUUGCCAGGAUAAAUACUUUAUCGAUUUUAUUAGAAGAUGUCUCGAAUGGGAGCCAGAGAAGCGGUUAACGCCCGCACAAGCGUUGCGGCACGCGUGGCUGCGACGAAGACUUCCCCGUCCCCCCCACGACGAGGAACCACCAGCCAACCACUGGCGUAAGUGUGACGGCGGGCGCAGGGGCGGUAGCGGGGGCCGCCGCAGCGGGGGGGCGUGGUGGUUCGCUGCGCACCCCACUCGCGCGCACGCCAGUCACAUUCAAUGCGUCGCAAGUCGCCAAAGCGAAAUUGCAAGCAGCGUUGUCGGAGGAGGGGAGUGGUCUCAGCGGUCUGAGCGCGGGCAGCGGACAAAGUGGGGGCGCGCGCUAUUGGGCAAGCAAGCUUCCACAUUUGCCCGCGCCAUCCUAGCGCCCGCCGGCAGCGCGCCGCCUUGCGAAGUUGGUCUGUUUCAGGUGUCGUCGUUAGAAGCGCCGCGGCGCGCUGUCCCGGGGCCGACUCGGCUUGACCUCGAGCGACGGAGCUUAGACCUCGAACGGGAGCUGAGGGUAGACAGAGAUUCCGAUGGCUCGCUCGACGACCGGGAUCACCUCGUCUGA